GGAAACAGACCCUCUCUGGGUAAAAUUUUGUUGGUCAAGCUGGACUUCAAAAUUUGAAAAUGUCAACAUGAAACUUUGCCGGUUCUCUUAACCUAUUUAAUCGCUUUGUUUUCAAAAUUGGUGGAUUAUACACAAAUUUAUUUUUAAGAAGAUGAGUUCUUCAGAUUCGCCAACGCUUACUUGUCCCAUACUAUUAGAAUGGAUGAACGCACAGCAAAUGACGACACGCAAAGUCAAUUUCAAGAGUGGUUUGUUAAGGAUUCUUCGAAAUGGCUUCAGAGAAAUGUUUCUUGAAAUAUCCAGCGAAAAAUCUGCUACGCACAAGUUCCGCUUGAAAAAUAUUGCCGUACAUUCAAAAUUUAUGAAUGAAGGAAAAUGCACCAUAAAUUUUAAGGAUGAUAAUGCAAGAGCAAUGAUCUCAAAUGCACCUCCUUCACAACUUGUAGAGUUUUUAAAAUUGAUGUAUAUCAAGCUGCAAGGAGAGUCUGCAGCGAAAAUCAGCUUGAAGGAGAGGCUGGAGGGUAAGGGUGUGAUGGAGGAAAUUAGCCCCUUGACCUCCAAGGAAGUGACUAAAGCUAAAGAUAAGCUUGCGCCCAAGGAUACUACCCCUAAAACUGGACUCGCUAAGAAAAGACCUGACAGAGGUCAAAAUCGGGAUCAAUCAGCACAGCCUCCUUCGAAGCGGAGGUGUCUGACCACAGCCAUUGAAACUCCACUUACCCCAGAACAGCAGAGAGUACUUCAAGCUGUUGUUUCUGGACGAAAUAUUUUUUUUACUGGCUCUGCUGGAACUGGGAAAUCUUUUCUCUUGCGUAAAAUCAUUGCCUCAUUACCACCUGACUCUACGUUUGCCACAGCAAGUACUGGAGUUGCUGCCUGCCAUAUUGGAGGCUACACAUUACAUUCUUUUGCUGGUGUGGGUAGCGGGCAGGGAAAUUUGAAAAGGUUGGUGGAGUUAGCCAAAAGACCUCAUAUUGCUCAGCAGUGGCGAAGAUGUAAGACUCUGAUAAUUGAUGAAAUCAGUAUGGUUGAUGGUCGAUUUUUUGAUAAACUGGAGUAUGUUGCUCGAGAAGUGAGGUGUAAUGAUAAGCCAUUUGGUGGUAUACAGCUGGUUCUCUGUGGAGAUUUCUUACAACUACCUCCAGUGAGCAAAAAUGACAACAGCGGUGAAGGACAGGCAAAGUUUUGUUUUCAAAGUGAAGCAUGGGAUCGCUGCAACCUACAUUCUUACGAACUGACUGUUGUACACAGACAAAGUGAUCCUGUGUUUAUUGAUAUUCUGCAAAAUAUCCGUAUUGGAAGAGUCACACCAGAAAUAAUAAGCCGCCUUCAAGCUACUGCUAACCACAAAGUGGAUUCAUCAGGAAUUAUAGCAUCUAGACUCUGCAGCUUAACAAAAGAAGCUCAGCUUAUUAAUAGCUCCAAACUAGAAAAUUUACCUGGCCCUAUGAAAGAAUUUCAGGCUAAUGAUGGCGAUCCAACCUACAGCCAAACUCUAGACAUGCAAACACCUGUGGAGAGUGUCGUCAAGCUCAAAGUUGGUGCCCAGGUGAUGCUUCUUAAAAAUAUUAAUGUGAAUGACGGCCUAGUAAAUGGGGCACGUGGUGUGGUAGUAAAGUUUUCAACAGAAGGUUUGCCAGUUGUAAAAUUUCGCUCAGGAGAACAUACCGUCAAAUAUGAGAAAUGGUCUGUGAAAGUGAUGGGAGGUUCCAUACUCUCAAGAAAGCAGAUACCUCUCAAAUUAGCUUGGGCAUUUUCCAUCCAUAAAUCUCAGGGUUUGACUUUAGACUGUGUUGAGAUGUCCCUUGGAAAAGUUUUUGAGGCUGGUCAGGCUUAUGUUGCUCUUUCAAGAGCCAAAAGCCUUGCAUCCCUCAGGGUUUUAGAUUUUGAUCCGAAACAUGUGUGGGCUAAUCCAGAAGUACUUAAGUUUUAUCAAAGAGUUCGUAGAAGUAUGAUGGCCUUGGAAAUGAUUCCUCUUGGAAAGAAGAAAUAGGUAACGUAAUAAAUUUAAAUUUAAUUGAAUACACAAAACAUUAUCUGUUUUCCACUUUUAAAUUAUUCCUUCAUGCUAGUACAAAGAACAGCAGUUUGAUUGUUAUUGUGUUGGACAAUUAGGGCAUCUCUGUCAAAAACCACUGUUGCUAUGUUGCCCAUUGUGGUUUUAGAGAAGAGAGUGUGUUGAAUAGGAGCAAGAAAUUUGGCAACAAAUGUCUUCUUAGUGAUUUUACUCAAGAUCUGUGCGCCUAUUUUUUAGUCUUUUCUCUCAAUUCGUUUUUAGAAUUCAAUUUUAUUUUCAUGUCAGAGGGCAUUUCUGUUCUUAUGCGUACCGUACUUCCAUCUGCAUUCAUCAUCUCAUAGUCACAUGAAUAAUGGGUCAUAAAUAAUGAAAACAAUUACAUUAUUUUUACAACUUUACUGUCCUUUUUGGAAGGACUUGUACUUUUCAGAAUGUUCUGUACAUAAAUAAAUAAGUUCAUACACAAGUAAAUAAAUAAAUAACAAUAACAAAAUGUGAAAUACAUUCUCUUAAAGUUCUGCAUUCUAUUAAUGUAGAUCUUAGAAUUUUGUUCACAAAAAAACUCAUGGAUCUGAUGUUAAAGUAUGCUGACCUUUGAAGAUGGCACAGUAAUUUUAUUUGCACACAAAGAAGGGAUGAAGGCUGAAAGUGUUGAUUUUAUUGGAACAGAUGUCCUGUUUGAUUUUUAAGUAAAAUAAAUUCCUUCUAUUCAAGAUGCUCAA